AUGCAGCUUUAAAUAAAUGCUAAGAUAAAGUUGCAUGUGAUAAAUAUUCUGUUACUGAAUAAUGUUAAGUAGAUACUGCAGGAAACACUUGUGUCUUUAGUGGUAGCUGUAAAGAUAAAUCUUGUGCAGAUGCAGAAGAUUCAACUAGUAACGAUACUGAUGGUAAAUGUUAAUUAUAUUCUAAAAAAUGUACAUUAACAUAAAAGAAAUGUACUUUGAAAUCAGCUACUUGUGCAGCUAUAAAGAAUGAGGGUGCUUGCUUGGCACAUACAUUAGGUAGAAAGUAGUAAUGUGCAUGGAAUGGUACAGCAUGCGCUGAUGCAACUAUUGACUGCACUCUAGCAACAGGAACAGGAUUUACGCUAUAAUAUUGCUAAUAUUUGAGUACAACAUGCUCUGUGAAAGUAGAUGGGACAGCUUGUCUGACUGCAGCAGCAAAUUGUGCAGGUAUAGUAGAAGGAAGCUGUGUUUGGGCUAGUACUGAUAAAUUUUGUUAUUGGAAUGGAACUGCUUGUGCAAAAAUAGUAGACGCAACUAAAUGCAGUGACAUAAUUGGAACUAGCGCUGCCAUUUGCUAGAGCAAGAAAGCUUCUUGUACAUGGACAACUGGAACAAAAUGUACUGCAAACUGCACAGCUUUCACAGGUCCAUUCAAUUAUGACACCUGCUAAGCAUAUAACCCUUAAUGUACACUCAAAAGAGAUGGUACCGGAUGUGUGAUGACAGUUGCUACAUGUGCAGGUACAUCCGCAGCUAAUUGUACAGGUGCAGAUGACGGAAAAUGUUAUUUAAGUGGUACUACUUGCACUUUAGCUAGUGGUGCCUUAAUUACUGCAACCAACUGUGGUUCAAUUACAGGAAUAGGAUUGACUCCUGCAUAUUGUAAAGGAAUUAGUACUGGUGGUAAUACAUGUUCAGCAAAUUCAGAAUUGACUGGUUGUGUUGAGAAAUAAGCAAAUUGUGCUAAUUUUGCAACUACUCCUUGGGCUGAUUGCCUUUCAGGUAACACUUAAACGAAAUGUAUUAUUAAUUCUGAUGGCGAUGGAUGUGUGGCUUAUGAUGCUACUGUUGCCAAUCCUUGCCUCACUGUAAAACUCUUUAAAACAGGACCAGCUGCAAUAACAUAUACCGAUGCAAUUUGUAAUUUAUAUGGUUGUCAGGCUAAAGCAGAUAAAUCUGGUUGUGAUGCCAUCUCUGCCUCUGCUGCUGUAACUCCAACCUGUGGUAGUUAUACUGGUCCAUUUACUUAUGAAGCUUGCAUAGGUUUCAUAAAUACUUGCUCUGUAAAUGCAGCUAAGACUGCUUGUAUCACCAUAAAAGAUACUUGCACAGAAUAUACUACUACUGAGUGUGGAUAUGCAAAAAACGAAGGAGAAUGUGUAGUUUCUGGAACUGCUUGUGUUUAAAAGAAUUGUGAUUCAGCAGCCUCUACUGUUACUACUUUAGCUGGAUGUUAAGCAGUUUCAACAAAUUGUGCUCUUAGAGUAGGAGGAUGUUAAUUUAGAAACAAUUGUGCUUCAUAUACAGUUUAGGGUGCCUGCGUUAAGAAUGCUAGCGGAAGUGAAUGUUUGUGGAAUCCUACAGCAGCUAAAUGUGUUGAUAAAAGUUGUAGUGCAGCCGAAGCAUCAACAAGUUUUGAUAGUCAUACUAAAUGUUCAAACGCUGGAAAAUGCACAGUCAAAGCAACUGCAGACAAGGCAAUUGGUCAAGGUUGUAUUCCAUUUGCUGCUUGUAGUUCAUACACAAUAGAAGAAUAAUGCAAGAAAAAUGCAAAAGAUGAGAACUGUGUUUGGAAUACAAAUACUGAUCCAGCUACUUGUGCUGACAUAUCAUGUGCCACUGCUCCAACUGCAUCCUAUAAUGAUCAUGAUGGAUGUAAAGGAUACCUUUCUGGAUGCACAGUAAAUGUUGUUGAUGUCAAUGGAACACCAACACUUUAAGGGUGUGUUGCAUAUAAAACAUGUAAUUUAUACAAUCUUGAAGGAUAAUGUUAGGUUAGUAGUGAGAAGGAUGACAAAGGUGCAAAUAUUUUAUGUGGAUGGAAUGGAACUUCUUGUGCCAAUAAGAGUUGCUAAACUGCUUAGUAAACUGUGAACACUCCAGCUUUAUGUAAAAGUUAUUUAGCUGGUUGCACUGUUAAUGCAACAGAUAAUGGUUGUGUUGCUAUACCUGAUGUCUGUGAAGGAAUGACAGUAAGCCAAUGCUAUGAUGGAUCAGUUGACAAAUCAUCAAGAAAAUGCUUCUGGGAUACAACUGAUGGCAAGUGUAUAACAAAGAAAUGUGAAAAUUCUCCAAACACUGGAUCAGAAUCAGAAUGUGACACUUAUUUAUCUGGUUGCACCACCGAUACUAUUAAAUGCAAAACCAAAAUAUGUGAAGAUUUCCCAUUAACAACUGAUGCUUUAUGCAAAGCAGCACUCUCUACUUGUACAUCAAAUGGAGUUAAUUGCGUUAAAAGAGGAUAUUGCAAUUAAGCAUAAGCUGAAGCUGGAUGUGUUACAGAUUCCUAUUUGAAGUAGUGCUAAUGGAUGACUCCAACAGGAUAAGAUGCUUACUGUACAAACAAGAGUUGCACAACUGCCCCAACAUCAUUGACAACCGAAGCUUAAUGUAUUGCCUACUUUACACCUUCAGUAGGAACAUGUACUACCAAGAAAGAGGGAGGUUGCACACUUAAGGGAGCAUGCACAUCUGCUAAUGUUGCCGCAGCUUGUAUUACUGACAAAGAUAAAAAUGACUGUUAAUGGGAAACUGAAACUAGUACUUGUAGAUUAAAAGAAUGUAAAGAUUUUGCUGGAACAACCCAUGCUGCUUGCUAAAAACAAAAAACAGGUUGCACAGCAGGAUUAAAUGGAAAAUGCGCUAAAAUGACUAAUUGUUAAGAUAUUAAAGUUAGAGCUGCUUGCAUUGAAGGUAACGAUGGUCCUUGCUUGUGGAUUGCUAAAUAUGUGAAUGCUGAUGCUACCCUUGGAGCUUGCUUCUCUUAUGAAUCAUGCAAGAGUUUAGAUUGGACCAGUGAUCCAAACUGCAAAUUGAUUUCUCCAAAUUGUACAACUGAUGGUACUGAAUGUGUAGGAAUUACAAGUUGUGCAGCCACAAACAUUAAGGGAGGUUGCAAGAUAGGAACAGAUGGAUAGUGUAUUUAAACAGUGUCCGCUAAAGGAGCUACAGACACUAUUUGUAAGAAGUUUACAUCAUGUGCUGA